AUGGCCGAGUUAGCCAGGAGGACCCCAUCUACUCUGAGGGAGUUCAUGGACAGGGCAGAUGACUUCGUAAAUGCUGAAGAUACACUGCAAACCCUUGUAGACCCGAGAAGAGAUGAGCAAAGGGGAGAACAUAAGACCAACCUAGGCGACAAGAAACUUACGUUAGGUCAUCGGGAUAGAAGACAAGAAAGGCGACCAGAGCACGACAAUAGAUUGAUGUACAACAAUCUAUAUGUGCAAGAAAGGGAGGAGCCGGAUAGAGAUAUCGCUAGUCUAGAGCAGGCAAUCGUUAUUGCAAAUACCACUAGACAGUACUCAUGCAUGUUUCAAUUGAUCAAACCAGCUUUUAACAAUUUUACUGACCAAUCUGCUCUCAUUGCCUUCAAAUCUCGUAUCAGUUCUAGUCCAAAUGAAACCCGCUUGGAUACUAACUGGUCCACUGCUCCAAACUCGAUUUGCAAUUGGAUUGGGGUCUCGUGCAGUCGACGUAGGCAAAGAGUCACUGCUUUAGACCUUUCCUACAUGGGUCUCCAAGGCAAUAUUUCUCCUCACAUUGGUAACCUCUCCUUCCUAGUCUCACUUGAUCUUUCUUUCAACAACUUCUUUGGUUUUAUUCCGCAUGAGAUCAGUCGUUUACAUCGCUUGAGAAUACUCUUGUUGGCAUCCAACCAAUUGGAAGGAAGCAUCCCUCCUUCCAUUCAUAAUUGUCGAAAGCUUCGUGUGGUAAGUUUUGAUACAAACCGUCUUAUUGGUGCAAUUCCAUUGUCCCUCGGCAAUUUGUCAAUGUUGAAGUUCUUGAAUUUGCAACGUAAUAGUCUCAUUGCUCCAUUUCCUCUGGUCAUCUUUAACAUAUCUUCUCUAAACACUUUUGCUGUUACGGCUAAUCACAUCUCGGGAGCUCUUCCGAAUGAUCUUUGUGUCCACUGUCCCAAUCUUGGGAUACUUUAUAUAUCAAGUAACAAAUUUGGCGGUCAACUCCAUUCGCAAUUUAAUAAUUGUCGGGAGCUUGUACGUUUAGGUUUGUCAUACAAUAAAUUCGAUGGGAGUAUUUCAAAAGCUCUAAUUGGCAAUUUACAAAACCUUCAAGUGUUGGCUCUUGGGGGUAACAAUUUCACUGGUAUCAUACCUCAUACCAUAUGCAAUUUAUCAGCGUUGCAUACAUUUGGGAUUGAGGAUAACCACAUCCAAGGAAGCAUUCCCACUUAUCUGUGGAAUCUUCAGAAGCUAGUUGCUUUGGUUUUGGGAAGGAAUAACUUCAAAGGGGAAGUACCUCAAAAAAUUUACAACCUUUCUUCUUUAGAACGUAUCUCCAUCGAGCAUAAUUCCCUCUCUGGAUAUCUUCCAAUACCGGAUAUGGGGCAAUCUUGCCCUAAUCUAGAAGAAAUUAUACUUAGUAUCAACAAACUUAGUGGUCAUAUCCCAUCCUAUCUUGCAAAUUGUUCCAAGCUCAUUAAAGUAGACUUUGCUGGAAACUUAUUCUCCGGACCAAUUCCCAAAAGUCUUGGAAACUUGAAGUACCUCCAACAUCUUUUUUUGGGUUCAAAUCAGCUAAUAGGCCGAGAGGCUAGAGAGCAAGAGACCAAUUUCAUUUCAUCUUUAUCCAAUUGUAGAUUUUUGACAAGUUUAUACUUAAGCAAUAAUCCAUUGGAUAUAACAAUUCCAGGUUCUGUUCAAAACUUUUCUGCUUCCUUUCAAAUCUUUGUUGCAGACAAUUGCCAAAUAAGGGGUCAUAUUCCUAUGGGAAUGGGUUUUUUGAAAGGCUUGAUCUGGCUUAAUUUGGGAGGUAACAAUUUGAUUGGAAAUAUCCCUUUCACAUUCGGUGGUUUGGAAAGAUUACAAAGAUUGCAUCUUUACAGUAACAAGAUUGAAGGAUUGAUUUUAGAAGAAAUAUGCCAAUUAAGAAAUUUGGGAGAGUUGGAUCUUUCAAACAACAGAAUCUCUGGAUUCAUCCCAACUUGCAUUUCAAACCUCAGUGUUCUAGUAAAGUUAAACUUGAGUUCUAAUAGACUCGAAUCAUCAAUUCCAUUGAAUAUAUGGAGCCUUGAAAAUCUAUUUUUAUUGGAUUUGUCAUUGAAUUCCCUUGGUGAACAUUUGUCUUCUAACCUGAAAAAAUUGGACACUCUUGAAUAUCUGGAUUUAUCAAGAAAUCAAAUUACUGGAGAAAUUCCAAGCAUCAUUGGAGCAUUUGAAAGCUUGAGGUAUCUUGACUUUUCAAACAAUUCCUUUCAAGGAGGCAUUCCGCAAUCUUUUGGGAACUUAAAAGGGUUAGAUAUCUUAAAUCUUUCUUACAACAAUCUUUCUGGUGCAAUACCUAAAUCCCUUGAGGCACUUCCAUAUCUCAAAUACUUGAAUUUAUCUUUCAACAAGCUUGUAGGAGAGAUUCCAUCUAGUGGUCCUUUUGUGAACUUCACGGCGGAAUCAUUUUCAGGAAAUAAUGCACUUUGUGGGAAUCCAAUUUUUGGAGUUCCACCUUGUCCAACGAUUCCUACCAACCAACGAUCAAAGAUGAAAGAUAUUUUGCUUAAAUAUAUUCUUCCUACGACUGUGGCAAUUAUAGCUUUCAUAAUGUUGGUUUAUUUGCUGAGAAGAUGUCGGAAAAGUAACAUGGAGAUACCCACUUCACUUAAUCCAUUGCCUGCACUGGAACAUAGAAUGAUAUCAUAUCAAGAGCUUUGCCAAGGGACAAACGACUUUUGUGAAAGCAACUUGCUUGGAGCAGGAGGUUUUGGUUCAGUGUACAAAGGAAUACUUUCUGACAGGACAAUUGUUGCAGUAAAAGUUCUACAUUUGCAAUUAUUGGGUGCUUUCAAAAGUUUUGACACAGAAUGCAAGGUGCUACGGAAAAUUCGACAUAGAAAUCUUGUUAAGGUCAUAACUACAUGCACUAAUCCUGAGUUUAGAGCGUUGGUAUUGGAAUACAUGUCGAAGGGCAACCUUGAAAGAUGGUUAUACUCUCAUAACUAUUGCUUGGAUCUUCUACAAAGAAUAAAUAUUUUAGUUGAUGUUGCUUCAGCCUUAGACUAUCUCCACCAUGGCCAAUUAGAAUCUAUAUUGCAUUGUGACUUGAAGCCUAAAAAUAUCCUUUUGGAUGAGAACAUGGUUGCACAUGUUGGCGAUUUCGGCAUUGCAAAGAUUUUAGCCAAAAAUAAAGAUGCAACACACACCAAAACUCUUGGUACUAUUGGCUACAUCGCACCAGAAUAUGGAUUUGAAGGAAAGGUAUCCAUCAAAACCGAUGUCUACAGCUAUGGUAUAGUGUUGUUGGAGAUGAUCACGAGGAAGAAACCCACUGACGAAAUGUUUGCUGGAGACUUUACUUUGAGGCAGUUGGUGAAUGCAUCCAUUCCAGAUAGAAUGAUGGAAGUUGUGGAUGAAGGUUUACUCAUAAUAGAAGAUGGAAGAGACACCAUUGCUUUGCAAAGUAUUCUUUCAUCAAUCUUGGACUUAGGCUUGAGGUGUUCUGAAGAAUUACCAUAUGCAAGAAUGGAAAUCAGAGAUGUGCUUGUUAAGCUUAAUAAAAUCAAGUCGACUCUGUUUUAG